UCGACACGCAUGCGCGAAGUGUGAGACCUCACGUUUACGUACCUUCGUCACGUUCGCUGGCCGGAGGGAGAAGGCGAAACUUGUGGUAACGGGGAGUUGGUGGCUUGUCCGACGUGUUGGAGCCGUCGAGAUAUUCUGGCGGGUGAGAGCCAGUUGGAGGCGAGGUGUUGUGGAGGCUUGGCGAAUCUGGACUACAGCAAGUGAAGGCAUCAGUGAUAACUUAUGCAUUGCAUGCUGGGGUCAAGCAAAGAUGUGUCAUUGCUCCAAUAUUGAUCCAAAUCUUUCUUGCUGCAAUAUUGCACUUUGCUUCCAACUGGAGUGGAGCUAAUCUGUAGGGUGAAUGGGAUGCACUCCAUAACCAAGGUCACUCCAACCUCAAUCAUCUAUCCGGACAACACUUGCAUGCGUGUGCACCAUCGAUAUUUCAGUGAUGGCAGAUAUUUUCAGCUACUGUGAUUGGACCGACUUGAAGUUUAAAAUAGCUAUCCUGGCUGUUGCUUUCAACCCAUUGUUCUGGAAUAUUGUAGGUCGUUGGGAACACAGAACGAGGUCUCUCACUAAAUUGUUUGGUUCCCCUUUCACUGCAUGUUAUUCUGUAGCAGUUAUCAUUGUACUGCUGAGUAUCUACAGGAGUUACAGUUUCACGGAAGCAAUGAGGAUUCAGCCAAAGCUCCAACUCCUUGACAGUCCUGCAGCACUAUACGUAGGCUUCGGCCUUUUACUGAUAGGCACCGUCUUUGUCCUGAGCAGCUUCUUUGCACUAGGAUUCAUUGGGACAUUUUUAGGAGACUACUUUGGAGUUUUGAUGGAGGGCAAGGUGCUGACAUUUCCUUUUAAUGUUAUGGAGAACCCCAUGUAUUGGGGGAGUACAUUAAACCACUUGGGCUUGGCUAUCAUAAAUGCCAGUCCAACAGGAUUGGUCCUCACCGCUUGGGUCGCAGCAGUGUACAAAGUUGCAAUUCUGUUUGAAAGACCAUUCACAGAGGAAGUAUAUCGUCAAAAAGAAAAGACCCUGAAGGACAACUAAACAGCUGGGACAUUUUGUCAAGCAGAUACUUUCUUAUAUAGCCAUUGGACUGCUUGUUUUGAUUCAGUUUGGAAUUAUGCAGUAACUUUUCUGAAUGAAUUCUUGAUUUUAAUAACUAUUAAUUAUUUAUGAUGUGGUUUUCUACAAGUUGUGCCCCUUAUAAUUAAUGAAAGUUCCGUAGCCAGUUAUGAAAAAUGAUUUUUCAGCCUUUUCUUCUCAUAACAGAUCUAGAAGAUUUCUUAAAAAUUACGACGAAAAAAUAAUGAUGGGAUUUUCAUGUUGACAAUGAUAAAACAGCACAUUGUUCAGUAUGACCUAGUUGUAAAUGCAAAUACAGAACAAACUACCCAGCAUUGAUCUAUUAAGACACGAACAAGUUAUUAAACCAAAAUUAUUAAAUCGUGUCAUUUGUAUUCACUAACCCAAUAACUUCAAAGUAAGUCAUUUGUUAUUGUUAUGUCUGUGAUAAAUUUGUGUAAACAAUUCUUCCUGCUAUGCCAAUCACGUCAUAUUCAUUUCUUCUGAAUGUGGUGCUGUAUUCAUACCUGCUAAUAUAAUAAAUUUGUAAGUCUGAUUAUGUUUUGUUAAGGUUUAUUUGUCAGCUGGGUAAUUGUAAUCCUUCAAUAAAAUUGGACUUGUCAUUUCCAUUAAUCCAAAACUAGUGUUACAGAGGAUUGUAAUGUGAAUCCUGACUGGAUGCAGUAAAAUCCAGAAAGAUUAAUUCACAUAAAAAUGUUAUUUUGUUCAACAGAACAGUAGAAGAUAUCAGACAUCUAUCAUUGUUAAUCUUUUAUUGCAAUCUCUUGCAUUCUUAAUGCUUAAAUAUUGUGCAAAUAUGCUAGGUGUAUAAGUACUUUAAAAAGCAAAAGGAUUUUGUCAGCAAAUGCAAAUUCUAAACAGUAUUAUGUUAAAUCUAUACCAAAUUGUAUUUCAUGGAUAAGUUAUAUUGCAUUAUUUGUAGUGUUCCAGUGUCAUAGACAAGUCUCACAGACUGAAAAAUUCUCAGUUCAAGUCCUACCUUUGAGUUGAUCUCAGUUGGGUUGGGAAUAGGAACCUGGCUCCCAAGUAUCUAAGCAAAGGGGAGAAAAAAAAUUGUCAAGAGUUCCUAUUCCUGAUUACUCUCAGGAUGCAUCUGAUGGAAACAAGCUCGAGUGAUGUGAGCAAUGACUUCUGAUUUCAAUGCAUCUCCUCCAUUACGUGAAGGAGUUCAGUAAUUCCAGUAUUCUUAAAGGCCAUAGCUGCUAGCCAUAGUUUUUCUCGUCUUAUUCUCUGAUGUGUACCUGCAAGAACUUACAGCUAAUAAAACAUCUUCUCACUGGCAGUAUGUAAAAUCAGUCCAUAAUAUCAUCUGGCAAGUUUUUUUUAAUGGAUGAAUAAAAUUGUUUGAAAGUAUAAUUUAUGUAAAAAUAACUAUUUGGUCCAGGUUAUUAAAACCAGAACAAUUUCUGUUGGUCUUGCUUGAGGUGUGAUUGGUACAAAUCUUUAACAAAGCUGUCAUAAAGAAAUAUUUCACGAACCAUAGAUCCAAACCCUUAAGUUAACCCCUCCAUAAUUCUAUGUGCAGGGCAGCAAUGUUAAUUGAAUGCAGAUGUUGCUAAUGUUAUCAAUUACUUCCAUUGCAAACUCAAGGCAAAUGAAAUAUGAGGAUUGAAAGAAGUUUUACAGAUUUUCAUCCAUUGCUAUCAUUUUGUAAAGUACUAACAAACAAAACUUACCAUGAUGUGAAUGAACAGAAAUACUCUCCUUAACAGAAUGUCUCCGAACUUAGGUGGAAAGCACACUUGAUCCUGCCAUUGGACUCUGAAGUAGAGUCUGCUCUCUAUGUAAUAGAAUAUACAUUUUUCUAAUUGUAAGUUUGAGACAAGGUACAGUAAAAUGUUUUUAGUUGUCUUAUAAAUUUCAAUGUUUGUGAUUUGUUAUCUUGAACAAUAUAUGUUAUUUUUAAUUUCGGAUGAAUUGUACAAUUAAACAUUGGAUUCCA